UUCUUUUUUCUUCUCUUUAUAUUAUUUAUCAUGGUUAAUUUAUCCUUACAUUCCAUCAAUGCUGUCAUUUUACUUGAUGCUUCUGGAAAUAGAGUUUUAGCUAAAUAUUAUGGGUCUGAACACACCACUCUUAAGGAACAAAAGGCAUUUGAAAAAGGUUUAUUUGAUAAAACACGACUGUCCCAAGGCGAAAUCAUCUUGUAUGAUAAUCAAGUAGUGUUAUAUCGAUCGAACAUUGACAUUUACUUUUACGUUGUGGGAACUGCUGAAGAAAACGAACUCAUCUUGUUAAGCAUGUUCAAUACAUUUUAUGAUGCCGUCUCUAGUUUGUUAAGGUAUCAAGUGGAAAAACGAACUAUUGUGGAUAAUUUGGAUUUGGUGGCCCUUUGUUUAGAUGAAACUGUGGAUAGAGGUAUUAUUUUGGAUACAGAUGCCAAUGCCAUUGUUGGCCGUGUGUCAAAACCUCGACUAGAUAUGGUGGAUAUUCCCUUUACAGAACAAACUUUAUCACAAGCAUACCAAACUGCCAGAGAACGUCUUACUAGUCAAUUGUUAAGAUAAGGGGGAAUCAUAGUUUAGAAACAACAAUCGCAUUAGUGUACCGCUUCAAACGGCCCUCUAUUUUGAUCAUCAAUAAAAAGAAUGUUUAUACACGUAUUCAUU